AUGCAGUGUGCACAGCUCCAGGGCGACGCGGCAGGAGACUGGAAAGCUGCGAAUGGCGAUAGCGCCUGGAAUACUACGACUGCCUCCUGGCGCCAGCAAAAUUCGAAUAGAACGGACUUCCCCCAGUUUGUGAGCGAAUUUCUCCACGGACCUGACGGGAUGCGUUGCAAUGACUUCGCCACCGAAAAUCGUUGCGCCAUGCCCGUUGAAUGUCAGAACAACAUUAUCCCUGCUGGUUCUGUGAUUCUGAAUGGGUUUGCGGCCAUCCACCAGCUUCACGGCUCGAAUUACCAAGGCAUCGAUAGCCUUGAAGCCGACCUUACGGCAGAGGCUGGAAUGUUCCGAGAUACAUUUGCCCCAGAGGAGGAGGACCACAGCAAAGCCGAGAAGAACCUCUUUGACUCCAUCAUGUUGGUAAUGAUGUUUGCGGAGUCUCUGUUCUUUAGUGCCGCUUUGAGCGCCGUGGAAAGUGCAGCCAAAGCGGUAGCAUAUGACUUCAUCAUGGCCAGCCAAGCCUCCGCGGGUGCCUUCUACAAGACUAAUAUGAAAUCGGCGAUCGAGGGCCUGAAGGUACAGAACAAGAUCACCGGUUAUCUAGGGCAAACCAUGGCCGCCUGGAAGGGCCUGGAGUCUCAGUAUCUGCAGUCCAUAUUCUCCGGUUCAGACGACAGCAACGAGCAACUAUAUAAUAUCAUCCACCAUGGCGUGAAGGGCGACCCAAUCAACAACCUUAAUCUGAACAAGACUAUGGGAGACAUGAAGAGUGUCAUAUACGGCCAGAUGAUCCCCUAUGCCUGGAGUGUUGCCCCCGGGGACCAGCGCCCAAUUAUCUGGCGAACGGACGGGGACUGUGAUGAAAAUACCAAGAGCCUCCCAGAGGAACUCCACAAUCCUCUCCCCCAGAAGGACGCCGUGGACGUCAACGUCUGCCAUGAUGGGAAGGUUCAUUAUGUGGUUUCUGCCUAUUACAGGAAAUACAAGGACUAUGGGCUAGCCCCCCUGCCUGGUGGUGUUCACUCCACGCUGGACGGGUCUCAUUGGGGUGGAAUCACGCUCGAGCAAAUCGUUGCGAGCAGCGUCGCAGGAUGGAAGAACAACAACCAAAAAAACGGAUAUCCCCGCCCCAACAUGGACGACAUCAUUGGCAAAUUCGGCAAAGAAAAUAUCGACCUGAGCAUGGCCGGAUUCUUCAAUCUUCCCAUUUGCACAGGGCGAUAUGAAGAUGGCAUCGAGGUCAAGCUCACGUCUGGCAACCGUAACGACCCGUCGUGGCCAUGCGAUAGUUCCGAAGGCUAUUCCAGUAGUGGCACCAACAUCAAUGUUGCACAGGGUUGUAUUGUGAUCAAUGAUUCCAAGCGAUGCGCGACGGGUACCGGUGGAGCAUACAACGUCGCGGAUCAAAACAAGGAGAAGAGCACCGCUACGAUCUAUGCUGGAUUUGAUGGUGAGGACACGAUGCACGAUAGGGUGACUCCCCCAUGCAAGCUUGUCGCCGAAUGGCCUCGGAACUGGGGCGACUUGGAUUUCGACAACAACUGCCUCAAGAGCCGGGAUGGGAGUUACGAAUUGUGCUGCUCUGAGAAUACCCAAAACACAGAUGUGGUUCUCAAUCCAUAUGUGCCCCAGGAGUAA